CGCAUGUCCCUCUCGCCGCCCGCAAAGACGGCCGCCGCCGCGCUCUACCUUGGCGGGCUGGCCGCGUGCCGCUACGGCUUCGCUGCGCUGCCGCAGCUGAACGGGCUCAACGGCCGCGACGUCGAGGCUGAGUUCGCAGGGCACUACCAGUUCCUCACGAUCGUGUCGCUCUGGGCUACGCAGGCCACGAUGGUCCUCUCGCUUGCAGCGCUCGUCGUGCCGGCGCUGGCGCUGCCCAAGACGUUCCUGUCCGUCUCGGUGCUGCCCGUCGAGGUGCUCGUCUCGCUCCUCUACUGGUCGCUGCACUUCAUCAACCCGGAUCUGCUCGUGCCGCCAAAGAUGGUGCCGGACCCCAACAGCCCGGGGCAGAUGAUCGCCCAGCGCGUCCACCUGCCGCUGGACAUCGACAUGAGCAUGCACCUCGCUCCCGCAGUCAUUCUGCUGGCGGACUUUCUCGUCUUCUCGCCGCCGUUUCCCAAGCGCCUGCGGCCCGCGCUGAUCUGCGGCGCUGCGACGCUGGGCUACUGUCUCUGGGCCGAGUACUGCAACUCGAUCAACGGCCGCUUCGCGUACCCCUUGCUCGACAUCCUGCCGCCGCCAGCACGUGGCGCUCUGUACCUCGGCUGCGCGGCCACGAUGAUGGGCGUGCUGGCCGUCGCCCGUGCCGCGCACGCAAGCGUGGACAAGCAGCUUGGCCGCGUCUGGACCGAGCAGCCGGCAGACGAGACAGCCAAGCGCCUGAAGCAGAAGGCCAAGAAGAAGCUGUGA